AUGUACAAUAACUUGCAAAUAGGUUACGGUCAAUCUCCAUCUUUACAACCACAGGUAAUUGCUGGUACGACCUCCGAAGGAGAGGAAGAGGGUCCUAGUAUCCCUAAUGUUCGCCUUGCAUUCAUUACCGCAGCAGAUCAAACAAAAUUUGAGCAGCUUUAUAUACAGGGUUGUGCUGGGGGCAAAUAUUUAACAGGUGAAGGUGCAAAAGAAAUCCUUUUAAAGUCCAAACUAGAUGCCACCACACUUGCUCAAAUAUGGUUUAACAAUUAUCUUACCUUUCCCGAAUUUGCUCUUUCCAUGUUUCUCACUAAUUUAAAACUUAAAGGUAAUGAAUUACCUAGUAAAAUAGCCGAUAAUAUUAGUAAUGAGGUAAUGGGGGUUAUUGAACAAAUUAAAGCUAUUGAACGAAUGUCAAUGGGUCAUACUAUGGGUCAAUAUGCUUCAGGUUUCCAAAAUAAUGCUAUGAUUCCUAGUAUGAUGCCUUUUACACAACGCAUGUUGCCACAACAAAAUCCUCAGCAACAAUAUAGCACGACCGGUAUAGUAGGAAAUGCGAAAAUUCCUUGGGCCGUAACACCUGAAGAAAAAAUUCAAUAUAGGGAAAUAUUUAGGCAAUGGGAUUCACAAGGAGUGGGAUAUUUAACAGGCAAGUUAUAA